AUGAAUCCCCAAAUGGCGUAUGGGCAGUAUCCGCCACAGAGCUGGCCACAACCGCAAGCAGUUCAGCCGCAACCUGGAGGACCUCCACCACCCGGGCAGGCCCCGAGCAUGAAUGGAACGCAGUCUGGCCAGCUGGCUAAUCAAAUGCAAACCAUGUCUCUCGCGAACCCACCAAAAGCUGGAGUUCCUAAUCAGAACGGCCCGAUGGGUGGACCACCGUCGAACUUUCCACUUCAACCUCAACCGAUGGUGCGUCCCCCGUCGGCAGGCGGUCAGGUUCCUGGUGGAUAUCCUCCUCCACCGCAGCAACAGCAACAGCAGCAGGCGGGUCCUCCUACGAUGACAAAUGGACCGCCGGUUCAAGGCCCCGUGAGACCACCGAUGCCACCGGCUGGUGGCUUUGGGCAAACGAAUGGUCAUCCAGUUAGCCAGCCUGGGCAGCCUCCAGCUGCUGGACCGCAGUACGCACCGAUGAACACUGCUGGAGGUCCACCACGACCUGGGCAACAAUUUGUUCCGCAGCAACAACCACCACAGGGUGCCUAUGCUGGCGGUCCGCCUAUGAGCGGGCAAUCUGCCAGUGGCUAUCCUCCACAACAACAACAACAACAACAAGGGCCACCGGGUCCAACGACUUAUGGAGCCGCUCCUCCGGUAGCAGCUGGUGGACCUCAACCCAUGCCACCACAGCAACAGCAGCAGCAGCAACCACAACAUCAGCAAUAUCCACCGAUGGCAGGACAGCAGAUACAACAGCAUCCCCAGCAAGGUUAUCCACCGCAGCAGGGUCAAAUGCCGCCGAUGGGUGGACACAUGCCACCGAGAGGUUACAAUCAAAUGCCUCCCGGUGCUGGGUAUAAUCAAAUGCCACCGAUGGGUGGACAGCAGCCACACCACCAUCCGCAAUACCAGGCACCGGGCAUGGUCGGGGGCCACUAUCCGGCUCCCCCACCAGCGCCACAGCAAAAGCGCCUCGACCCGGAGAGCAUGCCCAAUCCGAUCCAAGUGAUGGCCGAAAAUCAGGAAAACUGUGGUGGAGUCUUCUCCACCAACCAACCCGGCCAGAUGCCGCCGCUCGUGACGACCAAGUUCGUUACGCAGGACCAGGGUAACGCGAGUCCGCGCUUCGUCCGCUCGGCCAUGUACAACAUUCCCCAGACGACGGACAUGAUGAAGCAGAGUGCGGUUCCGUUUGCGCUGAUCAUUUCACCGUUCGCACGGCUGGCGGAGGGUGAGAUGGCACCACCGAUUGUUGACUUUGGCGAAAUGGGUCCGAUCCGGUGCAUCCGCUGCAAGGCGUACAUUUGUCCGACGAUGCAGUUUGUCGACGGUGGCCGUCGGUUCCAGUGUCAGUUCUGCAAGGCGACGACGGAAGUGCCGUCCGGGUACUUCCAGCACCUGGAUCACACCGGUCAGCGCAUGGACAAGUACGAGCGGCCGGAGCUGGUACUCGGGACGUACGAGUUCGUCGCGACGAAGGAAUAUUGCCGCAACAAUACGCCCCCGAAGGCGCCCGCGAUGGUGUUCCUAAUCGACGUUUCGUACAACAACGUCAAAUCGGGGCUAGUGGCGCUACUAUGCGCGCAGCUGAAGAACAUCAUCCGCCAUCUCCCGGUGGACCAGGAUCAGCCGCGCACCGCGAUGAAGAUCGGCAUCAUCACGUACAACAGCUCAGUGCACUUCUACAACCUGAAGAGUUCGCUCGCCCAGCCCCAGAUGAUGGUGGUGGGCGAUCUGCAGGAGAUGUUUAUGCCCCUGCUAGAUGGUUUCCUGGUUGAUCCGAUCGAGUCAUCCACGGUGAUCGAUGCACUGAUGGAUCAGAUACCGAAGAUGUUCGGUGAUACGCGCGAAACGGAAACGAUUCUUCUACCGGCGCUGCAGGCCGGUCUCGAGGCACUGAAGGCCUCCGAUUGUGUCGGUAAGCUGUACGUGUUCCACUCAUCGCUGCCGAACGCGGAAGCGCCAGGAAAGCUGAAGGCACGCGACGACCGUAAGCUGCUCGGUACGGAGAAGGAAAAGACGGUCCUGACGCCACAGUCGACGGUGUACAAUAUGUUGGCUCAGGAUUGCGUCGGUGCCGGUGUGUCGGUCGAUCUGUUUGCGUUUAACAAUGCGUACAUCGAUCUGGCCACCAUCGGGCAGGUGGCCAGGUUGACCGGUGGUGAAGUUUAUAAGUACACCUAUUUCCAAGCGGACAUUGAUGGUCAGAGGCUGGUAAAUGAUCUGAUCAAGAACAUUUCACGCCCGAUAGCGUUCGAUGCGGUGAUGCGUGUUCGUACCUCAACCGGCGUACGUCCGACCGACUUCUACGGCCAUUUCUUCAUGUCCAACACGAAGGAUAUGGAAAUCGCCAGCAUUGAUUGCGACAAAUCGGUUGCGGUGGAAAUUAAACACGACGACAAGCUGACGGACGACCAUGUGCUGAUUCAGGUGGCCCUCCUGUACACCUCGUGCUCGGGCCAGCGUCGUUUGCGCGUGCACAACCUCAGCCUGAAGACGUGUGCCACGCUGUUGGAUCUGUUCCGCUGCUGCGACCUCGACACCACCAUCCUGUACUUUGCCAAGCAGGGCCUCACCAAGCUGAUGGACAACAAUCCGAAGGCGGUGAAGGACUCGAUCGUGCACCGGGCGGUGCAGCUGCUCGCGUGCUACCGGAAACACUGCGCCUCGCCAACCUCGACCGGCCAGCUGAUUCUGCCCGAGGGUAUGAAGCUUCUCCCGCUGUACGUCAACUGUCUGCUGAAGAAUGACGCGUUCUCCGGUGGGUCGGAUAUUACGAUCGAUGACCGCUCGUACGUCAUCUACUACGUGAUGAGCAUGAAUUUGCCAGCGUCGGUGCAGUACUUCUACCCGCGGUUGAUUCCGCUCCACGAUGUCAACGUCGAGUCCGACGCAGUUCCGGCGUCCAUUCGGUGCACCGGUGACAAGAUGCGCGAGGAUGGUGCAUACAUUUUGGAGAACGGUAUCCAUAUGUUCAUGUGGCUGGGAUUGUCGCUGUCUCCAGAGUUCACGCAGUCGGUGUUUGGUGCCCAGUGCACGCAGCAGAUCGACACCGAUCGAACGGGUUUGCCAGUAUUCGAUAAUCCUCUAUCCAAGCGCAUACGCGCCGUCGUCGAUAGAAUACAGGAGGAAAAGCAUCGUUGCAUGAGGCUGACGCUUGUCAAGCAACGCGACAAACUGGAAAGCGUGCUGCGGCACUUCCUGGUGGAAGACGGUGGCACCACCGACGGGUCGGUCAGCUAUGUCGACUUCCUCUGUCAUAUGCACAAAGAGAUCCGUCAAAUGCUUAGCUAGCUCGCCAACGCCGGCGGCAAUAAGGCGAGCAGUUUUUUCUCUGGCGUGCGAUUUAGAUUUAGCAAUGGCGGCCACAGUGCCCCGGCCGUCGUGGCCCCCACUUCUAACCAUAGUUCUACUUACAACCCUACGCAUCGUCUGCCAAACAAAAUCAGCCCUCAAUGUAACGACAUCAACGGGAAUACUGUCACUACGAAACCGCUCGGAACGUCCACCGUUGGCGUACCGACUUGUUCGUCUGCCUCCAGUUCUACGGAUGCUAGUGUGCAGCAAGAACAACAACAUAACGGCCAUCCGGCGCCCGCAUCUUGCUGUGGUGGGUCGCAGCAAACGAAGUUUGUGAGUACAACACGCUGCCAUGGAUUCGUGGGGAGCCGUCUGGCGUCUCGGUACGACGAAGACGAGGAGGACGACGGUGCGGACGAUACGAUUGAGGAAGAAGACGAGGAUGUCGCCGAGGAGCAGGAGCAAGAGGUGGAAGUGAUGCAAGUCCUGGGUGAACCGGCUGCCGUUACGCGGUCGCAAUAUUUGGCCGGCGAACUCCGUAGUAGCUACUCCCAGAAUCGCAAUAGGGCCAACCGAUACAGGCGAUCUUUUGGUGGUAGGUGGUAGGAAAGAGAAGUGGAAUUGAUUGGACGUUUGCUAUCAGUCGAUCGCUAGGUUGGUUAGGAUUUUUUUUGUUUUUUGUUCUUUCCAUUCAACAAAAGGGUAGACACAUGUUCAAGAAUAUUUUUUCACUCGUUGGUUUUAAAACAUGCAAUUGUAUCGUGCUCUAAAAAUAGUAAUAUUUUGUCUUUUAUUUCUCUUACUUCCUAGCAUCGGCAUCUUUUUUAUACGUCUUCUUUUAAGUAAAUGAAACCCGUACUUUACUGUAAACGAACACUUCGCACUGGAUGCAAUUUGAUUUAAUCAAUAUUAUCUACAUGAACGGUUUAAGAGAUUGGUCGAAGGUUGAUCGAAUCGUUUUUUCUAAGCUGCGCAAACAGGUUCGAGUUGGUCACGGGCACCCGAGGGGUAAAAUUCAGGUGCGCAGUAGUAUUGUAUGUUAUAUCAAUUCAUGAAUCCAACGGUAUAUUAACAUAGUGAAAUAUAUAUUAUAUCAUUAUUAUUA